CGUACUUCAGAGGACCUGUCAUAGAAUAUUUCAAGAAGGGGACCUGGACUUUUGACGUCAGCAGAGAUCUCGCACGGUUCUGUACGACAGAAAAAAACAAAUAGGUUGAUUAGCUGUGUUCAACAUGCUCGAGUAAUCGCUUGAACGGUAAAUACAUUGAGAGAUAAGUUUGGCCUAUGGAUUGUCGUUAUUUGGGGAAGGCAUGAUGCUAAUUCGGAAGACGUCGCAAGUCUACACCAUCAAUGUGCCUGAGGACGAAAAUAGACGUAGCGGCUUCGAGCCCGGCGAUCGAGAUCGCUGCGGCGGCUGCCAGUUUUAUACGUUCGGCAUUGUAUUCACCGUCUGCGUGUCUCUUGUGUUUGUAUUCGCUGUUACCUGUAUGAUGCGCCUUAGAAUUGAUCGGAGUGGCAAAUGUGACCAAGGGAUUUCAAUCACGAUUCGAACCGACGUCAGUGAGCCACGACCCACUGAUCGAUCAGUAAACUGUGACAUUAACCUGUUACAGCCCUCAACGUCGGAAACUCCAACCGCAGCACCGAAAAGGCCGAAUCAGACCAAAGAAAAUAUGGGCGAACGGCUAAAUAGUGUAGAUAUAGACAAACCUACUCAUGACGAUAAGCAAGAAAAACGACCUUAAGCAUUCAUGUGGAUCAAUCAGGGUAAAAACAACUGAAGUGUAGAGUCGGCAUUAUGAACAAUGUGCUUCUACACAUACAGCGCUGUUUGUCCGUAGAUAGUUUGUGCUUAUUCAGGCAAAUUGUAACAAAACAAUAGUCUGAGCCUAGUCAUAAUCUCCUCAUCAAUGAAUACUGGCGCUUUCCUUUCGAAUAGUAUCGUUCUAUCUACCGAUUUUAUUUUCCUUUUUUUGUAACAUUAUCCUUAGACAGGAGUUUCGAACUUUAUACGAUUUGCCCGGCUGUUUUUCCUACCUAUCUAAAUAUUUCGAGCUACACGUCCGGUAGCGUUGUUACGCGCUCGAUUAUACAGCCGACCCUUUCAAACACGGAACACGAAAUGUGAUCAUGCUAAGACUGCAAGUUCAGGGGACAGAUACUUUGUAUAGGCAGGUAAAAGCAUGUGUUUUUCUGCACGUCGUUUCUGGUAACGGUAAAGAGAGCCUCCUGAUUAGUAUAACGGGUUGACAUCGGCUAGAAAAGCAUAUAAAAAACUAAGCCAAUAGCGGAGGCAUGAAGAGACCCCCAAGCGGAUCAGUGCGACGUUCAGCCACUGGAAACAGCAAACGAACACGAUUCUUUCGAUCAUUUAAGUGUGGAAAAUAUAAUCUGAUGCUACUGAAUCUGUGUGAGAACGCCGCAUUAAAACUGGGCUUUAAUUAUAUUGGUUUCUUUAGAAAAAUGAUAGCAAUACGGCUUGAUUCAAUUUAAGUAGUCAACACA